AUGGAUGAACAACCGGAACCUCUUUCGACAAGGGAGAACGUUUUACAUACCCGUCAUCACGACUCGCGCGCUCUGCCUGCCUCCAAGUAUCCGAGGGCUCGAACAUACGAGUGGCGAGAAUGUCGUCUCGACCGCGACUGCGAACCGAGCCGGUUGGGGAGGGAGGAACAGGAUCGCGAUCCUGCCACCCAGGAGGCCCGGACGUUCUUCUUGCAUCAUAACGAGAAAUCAGCGAAGGCUGCUGGGGGAUAUCGUAACCGCUGGCAGCCAUUACACCUUGCGACUAUGACCAGACACCCGAGGAUAACCAAAGUUGCCAGAUAUGAAUGGGACGGUGUUUCCAGAGCGAAAAGUCUGCAGCUGGCCUGGAUGGAAGCAAGGGUCCAAGAAAAGGCAAAGUUGCCGCCAUCGCUCAAGGACCCCUCGACGCUGUUCUUCCAGCAUGCAAGCGUCAGGAGACUCGUUAUUCUCGCAUACUGGGUCGUGUUCAUCCUAGCUCUCCCAAUAUGGUGGUACACGACAAGCAUCGAGCGGUUACCCUUGCCAUUAUCCCAGGCGUCACAGGAAAUUCGGCGGCCACUGCAGCUCCCAGUGAGCAUUUGUGUUCAAGAGUCGACAGCAAGAUUUACUCCUUUGCUCCAAGACGCGCUUGGCCGUAGGAAGGAGUCUCAGAAUUUGGAUUAUAUCCAGUUCCAUGUCGUUGGUCAGAGUGACUGUGGCACCACGUCUGUACAAGACGUAUAUACCAUUAUCCCCGGGCACACCAAACGACUAUUCAAACGAACUCUUGAAUAUCCGUUGAAGGACAGCCGCUCGGUCGAAGAACUGUCACAAACCCUACUAUCCCUAAUCACUCCCCAACUGCAAGACAACCGAGCAGCUCAAUUCGCCUCGCGGUACCGCCUAUCAUUCAGCCUCCUCAACGAGGACGCUGCGAGCGGCAACAUCAUCAAGGGAUGGAAUAUCGAGGAAGCACUCCAACACUACAUCACACCGAUCCUACACCGAAUGUCACACCUCCACAACUUCACGAUCGAAAGCCAGGUCCAAUUCCACGCUCCCUUGGCGUUUGAAGUACAAUCCCUGCCCGACAGCGAACACGGUCUUUCCUAUGAAGAUCUCACCGUCUUCGUCAACUCGGCAGAAUGGACUUUAUGCACCAUCUCCACCUCCUCCGCCUUCAUCCUCCCUCAGUGGGGCGGGAUUGUCCUCUACAACCCUUCCCCGACUGACCUUGGGACCGACCUUUCCGCACAAGGGGUACACGACGCAUUCUCGUCCUUUGCCAACCAGCUUCUCUCGCUUCUGGGCGUCCCCAGCCUCCCACCCGGUAUUCAAUUCCAACCCCACUCUGGGGAAGACAACAGUUUCGUGAUCUCGGAUUGGCAAAUGGACUCGCUACUCCGCCGACGCACGGUCGAGACCGUGAGGGGUACAAAGGAGACGCUUAGGAGUUUCAUCAAGCUCGUUAAGCGAAUCGAGAACAUGCCAAUUGGAAAGAGCGUAAGCGACGACGUGCAUAAUGCACUCGAGUCCCUCAACAAGGUCUACACCCUAACCUCAACCUCCCUCUCCCAAACCUUCACCUACUCCGCCAAGGCAUUCAACUAUGCCUCGCGCGCAUUCUUCAACCCGGGAAUGCUGGCCUUGCUCUACUUCCCCGCCGAGCACAAAUACGCCAUUUAUACACCGCUCUUUUCGACUGCCAUGGCACCGCUUAUUAUUACUGCGUUGAGAGAGGUCAAGGCGUGGAGGAAGGAGAGGGGUCAAGCUCGCGCAGGGCAGCGUUCGACAAACCAACGAUCGAUCACCCACCUCCGAGUCGCUUCCGUUGCCCUAAUUAGUAAGAACGGGGGGACUGGAAGGAAGAACAACGGAAAGGACCAGAAGGAAGGAGGACCGAGAGGGCCAUCUCAUCCACUCCUCUUGGCAAACCUAAAUGGCGUGCUCAGCAACCAAAACGAGAAGCAUCGAAAGCGAGAGAUAUCAUUACAAUCUGGAGGAAGGGGUAGCAAUCAUGGGUUGCACAGAUCAGCGAAACAAACCAAACAACCGGGACAAGAAAAGGGUUCGAAGGAGAGAAGACGACGCGUCGAAGAAAGGGUAGAUAGCAAGAAUGGCGAUGGAAUAAGUGAAGCGAAAGAAAGGGCAAUAAAUGGCCAAACGAUGCGUUGA